AGUUGAGUUUUGAACUCGCUUGUGUUCAGGUGUUGAUUGAAUCUGCUGUUAACGAUUUCAAUUUUGUUUCCAUUUCAAAUUGACUUAUAUGAAAAUUCGUUAAAUUCAAUACGUUUGCGCAAGCAACCUACCACUUCCGCCACACUCUGUGAAAGGACUUGAUUUAUUCGAUUUUCAAGCUUAUAUUUCAAUUUACAAUCACAACAAGGACAACUUCAUCUUGCUGAACAUUUGUGGACAUUUUUGUUUUUCGUUCCGUUUCUGUGACAAUCAAUUGAAUGCAAAUUUUUGGAAUUUAUCCGUAUUUUGUGACGAUUGAUUUAGUGGAAGUGGCGUUUUCGAAGGCCAUUGUAAUGAUACAACAGCAUUGACUCCAAAGUGGAAAUAUAAAACAAUUCACAUGAUCAACGAUUUGAAUUCCAGAAAAUUAGCAAGUUGACAGUAACAAAAAAAAAGUGAAAGGAUUUAUUAGUGUGUGUGGACAAAUUCUGCGAUCGAAGAAACAAAAAACAAACUCAUCUGAAUCCACAGAGAAAAAAAUAACUCGUUUUUAUCACAUUAUCAACAUUUCACCGCCUGACCGGACUAAGUGUGACAUUUCAGUUGAUCAUCUAUUAACACAUAUUCUUGUGCUACGCCAAUCAAUUGAUUUUAACCUGAUUUUAUCGGUGGAAUUAACUAAAAAGAUACUUUCAAGUCUCAUUACACCUUUACACGGUUGAAUGUAACGCAUAAAGAUCACAAAACUAUUAGAAUCGAGCACAACAACACACGGUCUAAAGUGAAACAAUUCAACCAGCUGGUAUGCGUACUUAGGAAAAUUUCUAUUCGUAUAACCGAGCGUUUAGAUCAUUUUUAAUAAUGAGUGAUCAAACCGACCAUACUGCUGCCGCUGCAGCGCCGUAUCGACAUGAAAUCACAAUUUCUGUUGGCGGCGAUUCUGAAGAUCAAAUUCAAAUAAAAACCCCACCAAGUGUAACCACACCAACGCCAUCGCCGCGCUCCAUCCAGUCAACGACCGAUGAGAUUUCAAAUUCAACCGAUGACGACCAUGCGGUGUUAGCACCAAAGCAAAACCCCAGUCCAAGUGGUGUGGAUAAUUUAGCAUUUGAAAAUGAGCAUAAAACUAGUCAGCAGCGACCAAUGAGUUCGUUUGGUCAAAAUGGAAAUGGCAAAAUUAAAGAGCCGGCCACCAAUGGUAAAAACGAAGCUGUGAAUUUAGAAUUAGUAAAUCUUAACAAAACGCCCACAACAAAUGGGCAUCGCGACAAUGGCAUCCCGGCGAAGAAGAAAGACGCAACACAAGUUGAAAUCGGCAAUUCAUACAAUGAAUACUUUGUGCCGGUGAACGAGCACAAGAAAUAUAUGAGAGAGCGUGGUAUACGUGGCGUAGAUCAUUAUGGACAUUCUUUGAAUGAGCCCAUUGAAGGCAUUGUGGAUUAUAGUAGUUGGCGAAAAAUCGCGAGAGGAGAAAAAUUGUAUGUCACUAAAGAUAAACGCCUCAAAACGAAUUGGCGCAAACGGAUACUGUGGGUAAUAGGUUUAGCACUGUGUGCAGCUGUGCUAAUUGUCGCCAUUUUAUUAGCAACUGGAACAAUUGGCAGUGAACCAGAACCAAUUGAAUCAAGACAAUUCGGCACUAAGGAUAAGUUAGCAACGGCCGGAAUAUUUGGUAGUGGAAGCAAAGGUAAACAAAACGAUACAGAAUACCCGACAACGCCGCAGCCUCCUGGAUCCACAGUUCCUCCACAUCCGCCGACCACCGAUGAAAAUAUGAUUUAUGUACCUAACUCUGCCGAUGGAAAAUUCAAAAUCGAAAACACUGAAUUCUUGGAAGAAUACAAAGAUCAUGAUAGCCCAAUCUAUCACACAAUAGCCGGUGAAAUUGAAAAUGGAGUAAUGGAAUCGAUGAAGGAUUACAAAAAUGUUCAUGUUCGAGUUCUUAAUUUGACAUCGGGUUCAAUUGUUGUCGACUAUCGAGUUACGUGGGACGACGAUGAAGACAUAACAGAAGACACGUUGAAGGAUAAUCUAUCAAAUUAUCUGAAAGAGAAUAGCAACUACAUCUUUAGCUACUUUGUUCCAAUCGAAACGCUCUCGUAUACCAAAGUGAUCGAUUCAUGUGCUAUGCAAACAAGUGAAAUGCACUGUGAAAAUGGAUGCGAGUUUGACCGUCAAUCAGCUGACUUCGUUUGCAGAAAGUCCGAAUCGGAAAGCAACGCUGAACCUGAGCCAGAAACUAGAGCUGAGCCGGAACCGGAAAGUUCACCUUCAUCACCGGAACCAGAAAGUGCACCUUCAUCAUCGGAACCUGAACCAAAGUCGGAGGCUGAGCCAAGCCCCGAAGGCGAACCAACGGCUGAAUCUGAACCCAAACCGGAAGGCGAACCAAGUUCAGAGGUGGAACCUGAACCAGCUACAGCCGAACCAUCAGCCAAACAAAUUGAAGGCGAUAUCGAACAUGUGACAUCGGAGCCCGUUUCAAAGAGUGAACCAAGCGCGGAGGGUGAGCCAACCGCUGAUGCUGAACCUAAGCCGGAAGGUGAACCAAGUGCUGAAAGUGAGCCGACUGCUGAUGCGGAGCCAAAACCGGAAGGAGAGCCAACAGUAGAGGUGGAACCUGAGCCGGCUACAGCCGAGCCAUCGUCGAAACAAGUUGAAGGUGAUAUCGAACAUGUAACAUCGGAGCCGAUUUCAAAGAGCGAGCCGAGUGCUGAAGGUGAGCCGACCGCUGAUGCCGAACCAAAGCCGGAAGGUGAACCAAAUGCUGAGGUGGAAGCCGAGCCAGCCACUGCCGAGCCAUCAGCUAAGCAAAUUGAAGUUGAAGCCACAUCGGAACCGAUUUCAAAGAGUGAACCGACCGCUGAUGCCGAACCAAAGCCGGAAGGUGAACCAAGUGCAGUCGAACCAGAGCCAACCAUCGCUGAGCCAUCACCUAAGCACUCCGAUGUUGAGCACAAAUCAGAGGACAUUGAACACGUAACAUCGGAACCGAUCUCAAAAGUUGAGCCCAGCCCAGAUAUUAUUGCAGAAGAAGAUUCAACAGCUGAGCCAAGCUCAAAGAAAAACAAUAAAAACGGAAAGGAAUUGAACUACGAUGAAGAACCGUUAUCCGAAGAAAAAGACUUGAGCUCUGAUCUGGAGGGAACAACCAUUUCAUUGAACGGACAUACCGAAUCAACGACUCGAAAGCAAAAGUACACAUAUGAUUUUGAUGCUACUUCACAUUCAGAUGACACGAACGAGAAAGUAGAAAUUUCAUCCGAACAACAUGGACAUUCGGCUGCCGAAGGAUCCACUUUGCGAUCAGCUAGCGAACAACCAGCUCCGGUUACAGAGGAUUUGAGCGAUGACACUCCAUUGCCAACUGAAAAUUACUUCAAGAAAGUCACCAAAACCGUUGAACAGCGCACGGAAGUCAAUGUGAUGGAUGGUACAGUAACACCGUCAAGCAUCAACCUAACAUCGCCAACAGUUUAUUCAACCACUGCACCAAUCAAGUUAGAGCAUGAAACCACCAGCGCACAACCAACUGUACGUCUUGCACCAACGAGCGAAAGUCCAAUGUACUCGGUAACGGAAAAUAUUCUGGAACAAUCGCCAUUCUUGCCUGAAAACGAAAACGGAGAUUCACCGCUUAACAUUCUGACGUCAAGUCAUAUUUUGAGAGGUACAACACAUGACGAUGAGGAAGCAAAGGCAAAGACACUAGACAUUGAAGAAGAAUCAUCAGAGAAUGACAAUGCCAAUUUCAUAUCCGGACCCGAGAUUAUUCCUCAGAAAACAUACAAACUCGAAGGUGCAACAGUUGUCGCACAAAAUUCCACCACUGCUUUGAAAGAAAUUGAAGCAAGUGAAGAAAAGACCGAAAUUCCUUCGGACAGCACGGAAAUUUAUCAUUUGCAAGAGUCACGCACCCACAACCAUGAUAACAUAAAAGCGAUCGAAAAUCAAUCCGAAGAAACGUUGGAAUUUAGCCAUCACACUGAAGGUGGUGCAGUUCCAACAACCGUCAUACCAUUCUCGAAAAGUGACGACGAAGACAGCACCGAAAUGGAAGAAAUGACCGAAUCCGAUUUGUUGUCGUUGCAAGAGGAUAAAUCCGCUGGAAAUGGGAUUGCUUCAUCAUCGAUUUUGCCCGUUUCAAGUAGCACCAUUGAGAGCAGCACCGAGCGCUUAGAUGAAACCACCUUGGUAGAAGCAAGACAUUUGAACAAGGACAUUGAGGCUAUUCCAAGUGAAUCGGAGGAGGAGCAGGCAUCAAGUACCGAACAUUUGGAACAACUUGUAUCGUCAACCAGUGAAAGUGUUGCAACUUCAAGUGAAAAGAUCGUUGAAAUUAGCCCAUCAGCAGAACCGUCGAUUCCUGUCAAUGAUGAAAAGGAAACCACCGUUUUGCCAUUGGAAAGUUCAAGCGCAAAAAUCGACUCGACAACGGUUUCAGUCGAACAAACUGUCUCGACCGUAGUUGGAAGCAAUGAAACUGAAACGAAAAUCUCACCAGCAAAUGAACAAUCCGACGAAGUAAGUCCAACUGCUGAGCCAUCGAUAUCGGCAAGUGAAUCGGAAAAUAGUACUCCUGCAUUAACACAAUCGGAAUCUGACUCAUCGAAAAGUGCUGAUUUGACCAAAAGUGAGAUUUCAACAACAACCAGCGAAAAGAUUGAUGUGAAAUCAUCAACCGAACCAUUGCCAAUGGAAAAAAGCCCAUCGCCUGAACCCGUUCCAUCAGAAACCACACCGUCAGCUGAACCAAUCCCAUCGGAAACAACAACCCCAGCAGCAGAGCCAUCAUCCACUGAGGCAGCAAAGCUCGCCGAUGAUGCGCUAAAAGUGAUACCGUUAGAAACCACAAGAAAACCGGACGAUGAUAAGACGAGCGAAGACGAAACCAAAAAAAUGAACGGAGAAGAAACCACCGAAUCGACUACCGGUCAUUUUUUAUUGAAAGCGACGUUUCAACCGAUUAAUGAAUCCGUUGAAACGUCGUUAAACUCGUCGUUGAAUUCGUUUCAUGACUCAACAAGCAUCAAAAAUGAAGAUGAUGAAAAUGUACCAGUUUCCCAUGUUAGUCCAGUCAAUGAAAGUUCCAUAGCAUCAACACCACCAUCCACUUUUGGAUAUACACGUUGCACAGCCGGCCAGUUUGAGUGUCUAAACGGGACAUCAAUCACCGACGGUAGUUCCUGUAUCAGUUUGAGCCAACGAUGCGAUUCCAAUCCAGAUUGCAGCGAUUCCUCAGAUGAAGCCGAUUGUGAAAUGAAACAUUGUCCAGGCCAUUUCCAAUGUAAUGACGGUUCAUGUUUGGCACGAUCGCUGGUUUGUGAUAAGAUCGUGCACUGUCACGAUGGUAGCGAUGAAUCGGAUGCACUGUGCAACGAUUGGAAGUGUAAAUUCGAUGAAAUCGCCUGCGGUGAAAAGGGACCAUGUUUACCAGCCAUUUUACAGUGUGACGGAAUUACACACUGUAGCAAUCAAGCCGAUGAAACCAAUUGCCCGGAUACUUGCAAAAAUAAUGAAUUCUUCUGUUCAUGGCAACAAAAAUGCAUUCCAGAGACAUUCGUGUGCGAUGGCAAAGUCGACUGUAUCGGUGGUGAAGAUGAGCGUUUGUGUGAUUGUCCAGAGGAUCAUUUCAAAUGCAACACCGGCCGUUGUGUCCCACAUCACUAUGUGUGCGAUGGACAACCUCAAUGUGCCGACUUAUCCGAUGAUUGGGACUGCUUCAAUAUAACAACCGUUCAAAGAAGCGUUGGCAACAUCACAAAUCCGAUGAUGGAUGACAUCGACACUGCACCCGAAACAAAUGCAAAUGCUUUACAAAUUAAAAAACCAAAUGGAAAAUUCGCUUUUGUAUGCUACGACAACUGGAAUUUGAACUACGCUGACAUGAUUUGUAAGAACUUUGGAUUCGCUCGUUCGAUGGAUUACACAUCGGUUCAAAUAGACACCACAAACAAAUCAUUGCUUGUGAUCAACGACGAAUUUCAACAAGGAAACUCCAUGCUAAGCAAUAUGAAUGAAACUGACUCAUGUACUGACGACAAAAUUGUCGCACUGGAAUGUGAAAAAUACACUUGUGGAAAUAAUUUAACACGUGAUAAAGAUGCUGGCAGUAAAAAUCAGACAUGGCCAUCACUAGCACUAGCAGUCAAUGAAAUAUCGAAUGUACGGUGCACUGCAACAAUAGUAAGUCCACGACAUGCAUUGGCCAGCUACUCUUGCAUAUUAGGGAAAUUUGAAUUGACAAGUGAAGUUGAAAAAACACUAAGUUGGUACCUUCAAGUAAAUGGAUCCAAUUAUGAUGAUGAACAUGAGAGCACAGAACUGCAACAAGUGAAUGUCGCACGCAUCUUCAAAUAUCCACAGACAAAAUCCAAGCAUUUCUUGUAUUCGGGAGAUGUUGUAUUGUUGGAACUAGACGCACCAAUCGAAUUUGGCGAGUCAGUAACAGCCGCUUGCUUAAGUAAUGAACCAAUCAACGAUGAUGUUGAAAGCUGUAUUUCAGCUGGAUGGUUCUCAGAAGAAGGAGAAUCAAGAAGAAAACAUUACAUCAAGAACCUAAGUGCAACACCACUUUCGACAGAGAGUUGUAAUUCGACUGCAAACUAUGCAGGCUCUUUGCCAGAUGACCUCAUUUGUAUGGAGAAUAAUGAUAAUGAUGAAAAAUGCCAAAUAAAUACCGAUGAAGGAGCUCCACUGCUGUGCUAUUCCAGCUCACGGGCAUCUUGGCAAUUGAAGGGUAUACUCAGCUAUCGAAAUGACUGUCGACGACAUGCACUUCCAGCUGUUUAUUCCGAAUUGACUUCAUCGCUUUUGAAAUGGAUUACAAAGACCAUUGGAAAUGAUGAAAUGGUUCAAUGACGAAAUGGAUAGAACGAGAAAACAAACAAGCCAUUUUAUAGAGAAAACAAAACAUUCUUGUAAAUAUUUUUGCUAAUUAAAACAUUUAAAUGAGUGGCAGAUCAUAUAUAAUAAAAUGACCGCUCCCAUUCUGCAGAAUCUAAAUGAAACUUGCAAUAAAAAUCAACCGUAUGUCAUCGUUGCUAAAGUGGUGAUCCGUGGCGAUAUAAAAAUAUGUAAAAUCUUCUCCUUUAUGUGAUUUCUUUGAGGUUUUCCUGUACUGAUGGUGAACGCAACAAGUAGAAUGAAUGAACUAGUCACGAUAUACGUUUGUGCCAAUAUACUUCGACAUUGAAAGCGCAUUCAAUUUUCACGUGAAUAAAAAUAAAAACGGUUGGACAAAUGAGGCUGUGAGAAUGAAAAUGGCAAUACAGGAAUAAACAUUCUGAAACGCAUCAAGAAAAAAAAAUCGCAAAAGUGAAUCAUGAGUUCUGAAUAUGCAAAAGUGAAACAUGAAUUUACAUGGGCAGCAUAGGAGGUUCAUGGUUCAUUUUUGCGUAUUCAGAACUCAUGAUUCACUUUUGCGAAUUUUUUUUUCUUGAUGCGCUUCAGAAUGUUUAUUCCUGUAUUGCUAUUUUCAUUCUCACAGCCUCAAAUAUCAAAGAGAUCACGUAAGAAAGAGUUUUUCGAUAGCAAAUGGAUUACCAUAGCUCGAGCAACAAUUUAUAAUCAAUUAUUGGGAAAAGAAUUCCAAAUUUCUCCAAGGAAUGAACGAACAACGAUUUAUUUCCCAAUGUCGAAUUCAAAUGAAUUUCAAAUCAAACCGUUGAAAGGAAAAUCCGUUUAUUUUGUUUUAAAUAAAUAUAGAUUUAAAAUAUUAUUAUAAAAAAAAACUAUUAUAUUGAUAGGUUAGAAUAUAAUGUAAUAGGUAACAUUGCAUUCCACUAAGCGGCACACGUACUUACUGUAUGAUAAUAAGGAGUAUAAAAUUGCUAAUCUUCUUUUGUUCCAUGUAUUUUGUAGUAUCGAAUAAGAUUUGGCAGGCGAUCAGAAUAAUUAAAUUAAUAACAAAUUCAAGUGACGGAAUCAAUUUUAUUGUCUUAAAAUAUUGAAAGCAAAACCGAAAUGUUGUUGCAUGAAUUUUAGCGAUAAUAUUUACGAAAUGAAAUUUUAUAGACAUAUUUCGAAUUUUGACAACUAAGCUCAAAAUGUUUUCCCUCUGAAAUAUUAAUUUUAGAUUCAAUUCCCAGAAGAAAAUAUAUUAUAUACUAAAUAUUUGAAGAGAUCAAUAAUUUUGUGUCUUUUGAGAAAAAAUAAUUCCAAUAAUAAAGAUCAUAUUUUAUCCAAGUAAACAUUUG